ACAAAAUAACGUAGCAAGAGAGAUCUGGCAGGGAGGGGGCUGAAGAACAAAACAAUGACACUGCUCGGAAGGAUUCAAACACAGAAACACUUUUAAAGACUUUUCUCUCCUGGAUUUCCCUCCUGUCGUUCAGUGAAGCAGUCCGCGGAUCUCCGAGCUGCAGACAUCGACGGACUGUUGUUUUUGUUGAUAUGUUGUUACAGCUCAGUUGACAGACUGAAAGCUAGCUGCUUUUAAGGACGGAUAUGAACUGCUAGGGCUCUCUGGCUCGCUUAUCACAGCUUUUCUUCGGGAAAAGUUGUAACUGUCCGUCGAAACCAGCUAGCUGGGAGUUACAUUAAACUGCUUUGUUGCCAAAUUAACCGCCGAGUUUAGCCGUGAGCUGUUUGAGGGUCAGUUUGCUAGCUAGCCUGUUGUUAGCAUCAACAUUUGCACAUUCAUCUCUUCAGAGAGAGUUCAUUGUCUCGGUUGGUACGAGAUACCGACAUUUAUUUCUGUAUUAUUAUUACUGUUAUUCGUUAACUUAAUAUAUAUACUUUAUCUGUUACUGCAGCUAAAUGCUAACUUUUAAACACGAACAAGCUAACUGCUAAUGGUAAUAAGAUAUUAGGUGUUACUCAAGGAGACGGCUGUUUCUGCUUCAUUGCCUCACUGUUAGUUGCACUAUAUUAUGUAAUUUUGCCGUUUUAUUAUUAAUUAAAUUUAGCAUUAUCAUCUUACAUUGUUCAGAUAUUCAGCGUUGAAACCAUGCAGCUGUUUUAAGCUUAUUUUUUAGCAGUUCAUCUCUGUUAUUAGUGCUAGUAGACAUAUUUCUUCACUUAAUAUAGGAGUAAACGGCUGCUGUUGAUAAGAGUUUCGAGAAGCACUGCUUCUUAUAAAAGUUUCCCUUGUAAGAAACGAUGAGUGGCCAUGGCUCAUCUUCAGAAAAGGGAGUCAAUACCAGUCUAAUAUGUCAGGAGAGUUACGCCUGUGGUGGCUCUGAGGAGGCUGCAUUUGAGUGUGAUGAAUGCAAAAGCUUGCAGUGUGUCCGCUGUGAGCUGGAGCUCCACAAUCAGGAGAGCCUGAAGAACCAUGAGCGGGUUCAGAUAGGUCCUGGUCACGUCCCAUAUUGUGACAACUGCAAAGGAGGAAAUGGGGAGAACAGCAAGCGCCGUAGAUCUGUGGUUCGCUGCCAGAACUGCAAAGUUAACCUGUGCCAAGACUGUCAGAAACGCACCCACAGUGGAGGCAACAAGAAGAAACACCAGCUAACAUCUUACCCUCCUCCACCCAAACCUGCAGAGGUUAGCUCUGUCCAAACAUCUGUCCUGCCUGCUGUCCAAAUAGACAAUGAGACCAAAUCUCAGAGAGCCAAGCUGCUGGAGAAGGUUUCGAGUUUUCUCUUGGUGGAUGAGAAUGAGGAAAUGCAGAUAAAGGAUGAAAGUUCAUUUGUCAAACGUCUGAGCUGUGACCCUGACCAGCUCCUGAAGGUGGUGUCCAUCUUUGGCAACACAGGCGAGGGUAAAUCUCACACCCUGAACCACACGUUCUUCAUGGGCAGAGAGGUGUUCAAAACCUCUCCUACACAAGAGUCAUGUACGGUGGGCGUGUGGGCGGCGUUUGACCCCAGCCGUAAGGUUGUGGUCAUCGAUACAGAGGGGCUACUGGGGAACAGCUCCAAACAGGGCCAGAGAACACGCCUAUUGCUCAAGGUACUCGCCAUCUCCGACCUUGUUAUCUACCGCACCCACGCUGAUCGUCUCCAUGACGAUCUGUUCAAGUUCCUUGGGGACGCCUCGGAUGCUUACUUGAAGCAUUUUACUAAGGAACUUAAGGCAACAACAGCUCGCUGUGGCCUGGAUGUCCCUCUGUCAACACUGGGGCCUGCUGUGGUCAUCUUCCAUGAAACCGUUCACACUAAGCUUCUUGGAUCAGAUAAGUCAUCUGAGUCUGUUGACCGGCUGCUGUCCGAGCGCUUCAAGAAGCUCUCCCGUUUCCCAGAGGCGUUCAGCUCCGUGCAGUACUGGGGAACUCAGACUUUGAAUCCACCUACAGAUUUCCGCGGCCUGCAGAACAAACUCGAGCAGCUCCUGGACAACAACGCCACCCGAUCCCCUCGCACCCCCGUAGUCAUCUUUAAAGCCCUGCAGGCUCUGAGUGAGCGCUUUAAUGGGGAAAUUACAGGUGAGCUUGUAGCCCACAGCUGCUUCUUUCCUGAUGAAUACUUCACCUGCUCCAGCCUGUGCCUCAGUUGUGGAUCUGGCUGCAAGAAUGGCAUGAACCACUUAAAGGAAGGAAUGUGCCAUGAAGCAAAACAUCGCUGUCGUUAUUCUGCUCAGUAUGAUAACCGCAUUUACACCUGCAAGGCCUGCUACGAAGCUGGAAAGGAAGUGAUUGUUGUCCCUAAGACUUCUGCUUCCUCCGACUCUCCGUGGAUGGGUCUUGCUAAAUACGCUUGGUCUGGGUAUGUUAUUGAGUGUCCAUACUGUGGAGUGAUCUAUCGCAGUCGUCAGUACUGGUAUGGGAAUCAGGAUCCUGUGGAUACUGUUGUGCGCACUGAGAUCCAGCAUGUAUGGCCAGGGUCAGAUGGCUUUUUAAAGGACAACAGCAAUGCAGCUCAGCGUCUUCUGGAUGGAGUAAACCUUGUGGCCCAGUCUGUGUCAGAGCUCAGUGUCAAGCCUGCGAAAGCUGUCACCUCUUGGCUGACAGAUCAGAUCGCCCCAGCCUACUGGAAACCCAACUCCCUCAUCUUGGUGUGCCAUAAGUGUCACGCAGUCUUCCAGGACAACGACACCAAACAUCACUGCCGUGCCUGUGGGGAGGGCUUCUGCGACGGCUGCUCUUCCAAAGCUGCGCCAGUCCCUGAGAGAGGCUGGGGUCUUGCUCCUGUCAGAGUUUGUGACAUUUGCUUUGAGCAGAGAGCUUCUUUUGCAGAGCUUCUGGAGGCAGAGCUUGAGGAGGAGGAAGGUGGAACCCUUGCCAGAAAGGUCGGAGAAGCAGUGACCAACACCAUCGGGGUUGUGGUCACAGCUAUUGACAUCCCACUUGGCCUGGUAAAAGACGCCGCCCGUCCCGCCUACUGGGUGCCCGACCAGGACAUCCUCGCCUGCCACAACUGCCAACGCGAGUUCACUGCCAAGCUGUCCAAGCACCACUGCCGCGCAUGUGGCCAAGGAGUGUGCGACGACUGCUCCCCGGAUCGUCGCUCGGUCCCGUCUCGAGGCUGGGACCACCCUGUGCGCGUGUGCACCAGCUGCAACCAGAAGCCUGGGGAACUUUAACGAGGGACAAUCUUCCUUCCUCGGAGCACCAGAGAGAACCAGUCAUUCACUCAGCUCGCAGUCUGACACUGCUUUACCUCUGUUCCUCUGAUGGUUCUGUCUCGUAUCUGUGGAAAGGAAGUUUUUAGGCGUAAUCUUUAUAUAGCAUAUUUAGCAGAUUUGGGAUUUCAGAGUUCCUGUGGCCUUUGUAGAGCAGCCAGAACAUGUGAGUUACUUGACUGAGUGUGAAAUCGGCAUUUCCACUCUGAUUAUUCACAGAGUGAAUAUUUUAAUUCUUAUUGACACAAAUCCCUGAUUUUAUGUUAAAUAUGGCUGUUGAGCUAUUUUUCUACUAUCAGAAAAUAUGAAAAAAAAGUAUCAUUUAAAGAUUACUAGCUAGUUGAGAACCCUACAGGGUUGGUGUGAUUAGUUUCCAGCGAUUCUUCUUAUUGUUUCUCUGAUGUCGUGCGUGUAAUGGCAAGGAGAUAUUUUAUAUCUGUGCAGGUGUAACUGCAGGUUCCAUUGCAUGCUGUAUUGCAACAUUUUAGUUUUUGCACUAAGCCUUUUUCAGCUGUUAUAGGCUGUUGCUUACCAUGGCCAAAUUCCAGAUAUCCACAUGAUCAAUUAGUCUGUCGCUAACUGAGCUGUAAUCUGCUACAGUCGGGUCUCCGUUGUGGAUAUCUGGUGUGCCAAAAAUCAUUCAGGUCACUGUGUCUGUGCUGGUAUGAUGUUUAUAUUUUAUCAUGUACUUUGUGUUUGUAUGAAGACAAAGAACUAUGUUAGAGUGUACAUUUGAAAUGUUGGAAAUUAUUUAUGUAUUGAAAAGAAAAAUUAUUAGCAGUCUGGCAUGCAUGGCAGUGUGAGGAAUCCAUGGCCUUUUUCUGCUCGGAGCAUGACCUCUGAGCAAACCUCACCAUCUCUCUUAAGCGGCAUUUUACGUGUUCAUGAGUCAUAAAAUGUUUGUUUGUUUUCUUGACAUCUGAUUUUCUUGUUUUCAGAAAAUAAACUGUCUGGUUGGUUGCACUGAUAUUGUUUUGCUGAGCUCAAGGAUAUCUAAAUUGUUUUCAAACCAGUUUUGCAAACUGAAUUUUCUCCCACAGGUCUGACAAAGGUCAACACAUUUUGUGCAGUUUUAACUCCUCCCAGCCAGUUUUUUUUUUCUGUUAUUUACAUCCGUUAUUGAUUUUGUUCUUUUUUUUUUUACAUCAGUUACUGUAUGAUCAUUUAUUUUAUUUCUAAUGCCACCUCUUCUUUUAGUGUUUUUUUUUGUCUGUAAUUACACAGAAAAUUUGUUGCUAAAAUGUGGCAAGAAAAAAAAUCAGUUUAUUGAAUCAUAUUUAGUGACUGAGAGCUUUAACCUGUCUUGCAUCAUUACUAGUUUGAGUCAUUGAGUAAAGAGGAUGUCAUACAAAGCACAAAGUGAUGCCUUUAACACUUCUGCUUGUAUUUUGUCGUUGAAAAUGAGAAAAAAAAAAUCUUUGUCGAUUGUAAGCUUUGUAGAUAAAGUUACUCCUCCCUUUGCUCUGUACGUGGAACUUUUUGGUUCUGAUGUCUGAUGAGAAGAUGCUGUGUCUGCCUCGUCUCAAAAUAGAUUUAUGUGACUGAAUGUUGCAUCACACACACCCCUGUUUGAGAUGCUAAAAUUGCACAGCAUAGAAUAGGAACUAGAUCAUGGUAGAUGACUUGUACUGGAGUUUUAUGUCCAUUCAAAUGUGUGCAAAUGCAAAUAUUGAUGUCCAAGUUUUGGAUUAGCUCGGGUGCUAUGAACACACUACAAAUCAAGCUGAAACUCAAUUAAAACUGUUGGAAACCAACUUGAGUUGAUGUGUGAAUACUUGAUAAAUAUGCUUAACAUUAAAGUUAUA